ACAGAGAAGCUUUCAAGACUUGAACUGACGAGCAGUGGCGCUCCCUCCCUCGUCAACGGCUUUGUCUUCUUCCUUCCUUUGCUCUCCUUCCCUUCUCCUUCUUCCUCAACCCCCCCUCCCCAUUCUGAAUUCCCAUCCCCUUCUUGCGUUUGCUUUUUCGUAUAUAUCACACACCAACACCCAUCGGAGGCUGUGAGGUCGGAAGAAAGGGGAGCCACCAGUGAGGUCGGAGACUACUUCUUGAGGGGAUUUCGGGUGGUACGAGAGGAUUAAUUAGUGGGUUUGUAUUCUUGGAGAUACAGGUUCUUGUCCUGAGAGAGAUUUAUGCCAAGGAGUUCACCUUGAGGAGCCGGUGUUGUUCUGUCUUGUGUCUGAGGGUUAGCGCAAAGGAUCCACCUUUGAGUUGACCGACCAGAAUUCUUGAAAGAAAUUUCGUUGGUUUUUGGGAGGAUCGGUCGUUAGGUUCGUUGAUUGAUGUUUGUUCAGUUCUACUAGUUGGAAGGGUGGCUGGGGCACCUUGUGUGGACAGAAUUUUGGUGCUUCUCUCAAGAAGCGUGGGUCAAAUUAGCCCCCUCUGGUUCUUGAUUUCUUUGGGAGGAUUCGAUUUGCUUGUUUCACUGGGCUAAUUUUGCCUGGGACCAGCCUCCAUUCAUUCUCUUCUUUCUUUGAUGGAUUGGAUAGUUUGUCCUUUGUAAAAGAAAACCACAAGCUUUGACUUUCAAUCAUUCUUGGGAGUUAGGACUGGGAAGGUUUGGAUUGGAAGGGGAUAUCUAUUGGUCUUCCUUUGUGGUGGACUUGAUCUAGAUUUCUUCUGUUUCCUAAAUUGCUUUUGGCACUCCCUGUGCUUUCUUGUGGAGGACUGUGGCCUGCUUUCCCAAGAAUUUGAGAGAAAGGAGGGAACUCAGCAUUUUCUAAGAGGCCAAUGGCGCAAUCACGCAUUCCUACGUUUGGGGACUGGGAAAACAGCGAGGACGUCCCUUACACCCAGAAGUUCGAGGGCGCGCGGAAGAACAAGAAAACAGGCGUUUACUCCAAUCCAAAUGAGCCAGGACAUCAGCAGCCCGACCCCCCUCGCAGGUCACCUUUGAACCCAUCAGCAUAUGCACCUGAGCCCCUAGAACAGGCUCCAAGGACUCCACUCCAUGGAAGAAGGGCUGGAGCCGAUCCCCAUCACCGCGAACCCGCGCAACGACGGCACGCAAAUCCUCAGCGGGAGCAAGGGGGGAACGGUGGCAGCGCCCCCAGAAGCCCUUACAGAAAUGCUGCAGGGUCUGCUUCACCAAUGCAGUCAAACAGUUCAGCAAAGCCGAGGAACAGGACAGCUGGAAUGCACACUCCAGAGAGGAGGGCGUCGUCCGAAGCACAGGGCCAGCACACUCCUGGAAGGGGCAGGACGAGGCAGAGCAACCAAAGCUACAACGCUGACGAUGAAGUGGCUGUUCCACCAUUUGGUGAGUGGGAUGAGGCUAACGCGGAAUCGGGCGAGAAGUAUACGGGUAUCUUCAACAGGGUGAGGGAUGAUAAACUAUCGCCCGACUCUUCAGCCAGGCAACAGUCAUCUGGCAACCGCAGAGACGAAAACAAGGUGCAACAGACAUGUCCUUGCUGCAUACUUUGACAAAAUGGGGAUAGGAUCACAGAGAUUUCUGAUAAACUUCCUGGAUUACCUGUGGAACAAAUUGUCGUUCUUGCGAAGAAUUUGUCACCAAAAUAUAUAUUCAUGUAUACUUUUCAAUGCUUAUUACUCAUUACUAUCGGUGUGAGUGUGUACCUAUGAUUGCAUUGUUCUACGAUUUAUGUUCUUUGCUUAUUCGGAACAUAUAUAUGACGGCACUGAGAUGUGUGGAUUGCGAAGUA